UUCACUUACAUAUGCAAGACUCGUGCUUGUUUUACUAUGUAAAUGAUUUCACACAUGUAGAAGCUUUCCUUUUCAGUAAACUCUAUAACUAGGUAAUAAUCAUUCAUGCAGAUAGGUCUUUAUGAUAUUUAGCAAGCACAGUUGGGGUUCCCAGAAUACAAUUGCUUGGUGAAAACAUCCAGCAGAACUGGUGGAACUCAAGGAAAUCCCACUCAUGGCUCAGCAGAGUUCACUGGACUACAAUAAGGGUAAGUCAAAGAACACGAUUAUGACAAGACCUAGAAGGUGUUUCGAGCCAAGCAGAAAUAAUUUCAGUUCUUACAAUCAAUCAUCAGAGGUACCUAGCAGCCCUGCCAAUGCAAUGGAAUUCUUGAAUCGACCGUGGAGCCCAUCUUCUAGUGAUCUCCUCCAAAUGUUUUCGUCAAGUAAUCUCUUAUUGAAAGACACAGGAGACAGAGAGGAUUAUGAAGAACAAGGUGUAGAAAUACUGGACAGUUCAAGAAACCGAGUUUUUACCAACAAACAGUACAUUAAGGUGGACUUGCAUCACAUGAAAGGAUGGCUAAAAAGCAAAUCUCCAUUUUGGCUCUUUAGAUCACAUCAAGAGAAGAAAGAGAAACUCCGAUUACAAACUGCAAAGCUACAUGCUGUACUUUCUCUCACACAACUUGCUUCAGCAAUUGCUGGAUUUUCCAGCAAUAACAGCUCACAAAUACAAGAUUCACAUUAUGAGAAAGCGGGAGAAUGGAGCCACAAUAUGGGAAGUGUAGUUGCUUCUGCUGCAGCUCUGAUGACCUCGGUAUGUGCCGAGGCAGCAGAAUCUAUGGGAGCAGGAAGAGCUCAGGUUACAUCUGCAGUCAAUUCUGGCCUGGCCAUCCAAACUCCAAUGGAUAUGAUUGCAGUCACUGCAACAGCAGCCACAUGUUUACGAGGAGCUUCAAUUCUUAAAUCGAGAGCCAUCGAGGAUUCCUCUCCUAGGAUCCCUGAGAUGCUCACUGCAGGUGCCCGAAUAUGGAUAAUAAUGCCCUCAGGACACAAAGAGGACAAAUGGGUGACCCUACAGCUGAAGCAAAACCAACUCAUACUGAGCCUCAAAAGGAAGUACUUUGGAGCUCUAAGAACAUCAAAAGAAUACAAGCUGAUCAACAUCAUAAAAGAAUAUUUGGUGGCUCAAGACCAGUACUUUGUUAGCUUGAAUACGAACAAUGGAAUCAUCAAGCUUCUUUUCAAAGAUGAAACGCAAUCAAGCAUCUGGAUAUCUACCAUUUCCAGUGUCUUGAAGAUGCAAAGAUCCUCCUGAGAAAAGAGGUCUCUGUUGUACAAAAACAUUUGUUGUGUCAUUCAGACAAGUUUAAUAACAUUCUUGAAAUCAUGCUCAACCAAGAAUGUAUCAAAAUGAAUGCCACAUUUUUCUCAUCAAACAUAAUUCUAGUGGACGGUUACCGCCCAAAGUCAUGCAUCAAAAGUAGAUAUUGCCGCUUCCUAUCACACAAUGUAAAACUCAAGAAUAAAUGCGCUGAAGUUGAGAAACA